AUUAUCUCCCGAACGUGUGAAAAUCCAGCAAAUAUUCCAAGGUGUAUCUGCGACUGCGUCCUCGGUAGGGUUGUCAGCCGUGGAAAGCUCGAGUUCCCGGAUGUCGGGUCGCCGAGGGAGGAGGGAGAGAUGUGUCCGCCGAGUUGAGGCUCUCCUCGCCUAAAUAUUCGCCGCCGCAAGCCUUCUCUGUACACGUUAUGGACACACAAGCAAGAACGAGGCAGUGACAGUGAAGAUUAGCGCGGGAGCGCGGCCCAGGCGGCUACACACACAAAAUGGUGGAACAACACUUCUGCUUGCGGUGGAAUAACUACCGCACCAACAUAACAGCGGAGUUUGAAACCUUGCGGGAGGGGGAGCACUUCGUGGAUGUAACCUUGGCAUGUGAUGGCCAGCAGCUCAAGGCCCACAAGGUCGUCCUCUCAGCGUGCAGCCCUUACUUUAAGGAGCUAUUACAGGGGAAUCCAUGCACGCAUCCAAUCAUAAUUCUACGUGACGUUGCAUAUACACACAUGAGGAGCUUACUGGAGUUCAUGUAUGCAGGGGAAGUGAACAUUUCACAAGUUCAGCUGGGUGCCUUCUUACACACUGCCGAAGCCCUUAAGAUCAGGGGCCUAGCCGAGUCCUCUGAUGAACGCAAAGAGCAGGGAGGGUUAAACAGCAUAUCUCCCUUAUCAGCCCUGAAGUCCUCCCUUAGUGGGUUGGGCAACAUAGCAAUGGGUGGCUUAGGUGCACCAUCAAUUCUAGAGAGGGGGCGUCCGUAG